UGGAGACGGAGCAAAGACAAAAAACAGCCUGCCUACCACCCCACGAGUGAUCAACCAACAGAAAUGGCAUGCUGGGAAGACAGACUGCAGGCCUGCGAACAGAAGAUUGCAGACCUGAUGGAAAAAGAGAAAACCAUCGUGGCAUUCAGUGCAGCGGCUGAAUACGGUGGAGCCUACGGACCCUUCAACAAAGAAACAGUUUUGGUCUACAAUAAACUGUUUGCAAACGUCGGUAAUGCCUACUGUAACUCUACAGGUGUGUUUGCUGCACCUGUUGCAGGUGUUUAUUGUUUUAUUUUCUCCUACCACGCUGGAGGACAUGAGAUAGCAAAGCUGACACUGAUCAAGAAUGGUGACUCGGUUGUAAUGACAUCCGAUCACAAAACCGGUGCUGACGGGGCUGAUAAUGGAGGAAAUGCAGCAGUCCUGGAGCUGAAGAGGGGGGACCAGGUGUAUGUUCGCAUGGCUGCGUGUUCUCAUGUUUGGGCAGCAGGCUGCCAUGUCACCUUCAGUGGUUUUCUGGUCAGUCAAAGCCCAGCAGAGCAUUGCAAUGUAUGUGAGAAUUGAGAGAAAUGAUUCUAAAAACCUGAGAUCAGCGAUGCAUCUUUACUGAAAUUAAAUUCAGGUUGAAGCAGGUGGUUGUUGCUGUCAUAUUACUGUGUUCAGCCAAAAUAAACCAACACAUGA